AUGGAGGGCGCAACCCGCCAGACCUCUAGGUUAAUCCGGUCUCGUGGCCAGAACCUCCUUCCCCAACAACGCCGCCUGCCACGCUCCAGCACCGGGUCACCCAGCACAGCCUUGAACCAGACUCAAUGCCGAGCCCUUUCAAAUUCAACCAAAAGCCUUGCCCCAGAGUCCCUCUUCAAUAGCCUUAAAUCCGGCGGUCCCUACGGCGACGGACCCACCACCUAUUUCUCCAACAGACAGCCCCUCCCCGCAAACACUGUCGUGCGAUUUGUGCCACAGCAGACAGCAUGGAUUGUUGAGCGCAUGGGAAAAUUCCACCGCAUCCUUGAACCAGGUCUGGCUGUCCUAGUUCCCUUCUUGGAUCGCAUUGCGUACGUGAAGAGCUUGAAGGAGUCUGCCAUUGAGAUCCCUAGUCAGAAUGCCAUCACGGCGGAUAAUGUCACAUUGGAAUUAGAUGGUGUGCUAUACACGCGUGUGUUUGAUGCGUACAAGGCCAGCUAUGGAGUUGAAGACGCAGAAUACGCCAUUUCGCAGCUGGCGCAGACAACCAUGCGAUCUGAGAUUGGUCAGUUGACCCUCGAUCACGUUCUCAAGGAACGCGCCAACCUCAACACAAACAUCACAAGGGCCAUCAACGAGGCUGCCCAGGAAUGGGGUGUCGUCUGCCUGCGAUAUGAGAUUAGGGAUAUCCACGCACCCGAGAAGGUCGUCGCUGCUAUGCACCGCCAGGUGACAGCCGAGCGGUCGAAGCGCGCUGAGAUCCUGGAUUCUGAAGGUCAGCGCCAGAGUGCGAUUAACAUCGCUGAGGGUCGCAAGCAGUCCGUCAUUCUAGCUUCUGAGGCGCUGCGUGCCGAGCAGAUUAAUCGCGCUACUGGUGAAUCCGAGGCUAUUCAGCUCAAGGCCAAGGCUACCGCACUAGGUAUUGAGGCUGUUGCCCGUGCCAUCGAGGAGGGUGGCCAGAAUGCCCAGAACGCUGUUGGUCUCCGCGUUGCCGAGCAGUAUGUCGAUGCUUGGUCCAACCUGGCCCGCGAGGGUACUGCCGUCGUGGUCCCUGGUAAUGUCGGCGAUAUGGGCGGCAUGAUUGCCAACGCCAUGGCUGUCUACGGAAAGGUCAGCCAGACGCAGGCUCAGAGUAUGGCCGCGAAGUCUCUUGGAGUGAAUGAUGUUCCCCAGUCUCCGCAAAGCUCAGAGCCUAGCGUCGACUCGAAGAGCUUCGUGGAGGCGCAGGAGACGGCUCAGACUCAGGCCCAGCCAGAUAUCAUGAAGGAUUCGAUCUAG